AUGUCUGUAUGUCUCUCCGCGAUGAAAACUUACUUUCAAUACUCGAAUGUCUUUACAAAGAUCGGUUUUGGCGCCGGAUUCAUUACCAACAUAUUUUUGAUCUACCUUACCGUAUUCCACGUAAAAAAGAUUGUUGGAACGUACAAGACAAUCGUGAUCUCGUUUGCUAUUAUGGGAAUUGUGUUCGCCGGAUGGGAAUUGGUGUCACGACCAUUUAUGCACAAUUAUGACAAAGCUUUAGUAUAUUUCAGUUUGGCCGAUGGAACUCCCCAAUUCUUUCAGUUUAGUAUUGCAUUUUACGCUAUGAUCUACAUGUCCAUCUUGUCUUUUAUCGCUGUCCAAUUUGUUUAUCGAUAUCUCGCACUUUUCAAUCUGAAAAUCGCACAAAAAUUCGAUGGGAAUGGGGUUUUCGGGUGGUUAGGGUACCCGAUUAUACCUGGAAUGAUUUACGGCUCAUCGUUCUAUUUGUAUUGCCAACCUGAUGCGGAUUCGGAUGAUUUUGUGAGACAAGAAAUGCUCUACAACUACGAAUUGGCUAUUGGGGAGGUACCCCGAUUUGUGAUUGUCUCAUAUAAUUCGGACGGAACGCUUCGCUGGAAAAAUAUGUGUUUUCUGGUGCAAGGUGUCGCCGUCAUCGGUCUUCACUACGCCGUCAUCAUCUAUUUCGGUCUCAAAAUGCAUUUCAACAUGAAAUCAAAACUGAAAGACUACUCCACCACCUAUCGACGUCUUCAAAAUCAAUUCUUUCGGGCGCUCGUCGUCCAGACUAUGGCACCGACAAUUAUGUUUGUCAUACCAGCUGGAUGCAUCCUUCUCGGACCCCUCUUCUCUCCAAUAUUUGGAAUCCAUAUGAGUCUACAGACCGGAUGGUUGUGCUCCGUGUUCAGUCUGUAUCCACCCAUUGAUAGUAUCGCGUUUAUGAUAAUUGUCACCGAGUAUAAGAAGAUUAUUAAGGGUGAGUGCUGA